GGGGUGGGAAUUUGCUUCUCCUUCUUUACUGUUGAGUUAGUAAAGGGAAAGAAAAAAAUAAGGAAAGAGAGAUAGUCACGAAUGAGAACGAAGGGUCGAAGACCUGACCUCCAUUGAAAUUGUCUCUUUCUGCUGUUGGUGGAGCUGCAGUGUGCAAUUCUCUCCAUUUUCAAGGAAAUUGGAUCGGUUUAAGAAAUGCCCGUGAGGGUACUGGAGAGUUCGACUCCUUCUCAGGUUUCAGGUGCAAAUUCAGGCCAGACAUCAUUCCAAGCCUGUACACUUUUGGGUGUUGGCCAGGCUUUUUCAGGCACCCAGAAUGUUUCUAGCCUACAAAAGGACGAAGCAUGGAGAGUAAAUGUGCGUAUACAGGGAUGUGACCUUGAACAUGGGUAUCUAUGUGGUACCAUGGAAGCUCUGAAUGUUCCUAUGGCAGAUACGCCAGUAGUAACAUUCUGGGAAGGGGAGAUUGUUGAUACCAAGAAUUAUACUUUCUUCUAUGGCAAAUGGAAGCAAACGUAUGUUUCAUCAUGGAAUAGUAUGCUUUUUGUUAGUGAAUUUCAUUCUUUUCAGGCCCAAGUGGAAGCUGAUGGUGGCAAGUCUUUGGACCUGAGCAACUAUCCUUACAUUUUUAUGAGAUGGAAAGAACAGUACUUUGUGAAUGUUGGAACAGAUUGUGGGUUAACUAUAGCUGGCUUUUACUAUGUCUGUUUUUGUAGCGAUGGCUCUAUCAGCGGGUUCUAUUAUGAUCCCAAUAGCAGCCCUUUUCAGAAGCUUGAGUUGAAAUCCACAAACGAUGGAAGAUUGGGUUUCAGUUUUUCAUCAUACGAGUUACAAUAAAUUGAGUUGGAGAUCGUUAUGAAGAAGACUGCUGGAAGACUACGUGAAGAAGAUUUGCUUUGCAUGGCGGAUAUUAGGACUGUGUCAUGUCAAAGAGAAAUUAGUGGCAAAAUGGCAUUGAGGUGGUUCUAAUUUCUUAACCAAGUGUGUACAUUUGAAAUGCUGAUAUUUGCUUGAGAGCUGUAUGAAGUGGUCCAACCCUAUCAACUAUUUACUGUUUUGCUACAUAUGGAAUAUGUACAUUUGUAAUUGCGCGUAAGCUAUUCAAGUCAUAGAUAGUGGAUUAACAACUUUUCUUCUCUGAUGACGCUGCGAUGAACAAGAGUUGUGUUUUCUAAAAUUAACGCCAAUGAGUAACGUCCAGAAAGCACUUAUUUA